CAGGCGCGCCGCGGGCAGCCCCGUGGGGUCCUCAGGCGGCACCGGGAGCAGGCUGGGGGCCGCCAUGUUGGCCCGGCGGGCGGCGGGGGGCUGCAGCCUCCUGGUGCAGGCGGCCAGCCGAGCCCUCAGCCUCAGCCACAGUCGGGGGACGGUGGUGGUGGAGCGGUGGUGGCAGGUCCCGCUCAGCAAGGAGGGGCGAGCCCCGCGCCUGCACCCCCGGCGGCACCGCGUGUACCGGCUGCUGGAGGACACCAAGCACCAGCCCCGCGGCCAGCUGCAGCUGAUCCUCACCCAGGCGGUGGACAAUCUGGGGAGCAGGGGGGAUGUGGUGAGCGUGAAGAAGCACCUGGGCCGGAACAAGCUGCUGCCCCAGGGCCUGGCUGUCUAUGCCUCACCCGAGAACAGGAAGAUGUUUGAGGAGGAGAAGAAGCUGCGCCAGGAGGGGAAGCUGGAAGUGCUGCAGACCCAGAGUGGGGAGAAGACGCUGCGGUUCCUGCGCCGCUGCCGGCUGGAGGUGGGGAUGAAGAACAAUGUCCAGUGGGAGCUGACCCCUGAGAUCGUGGCCAGGCACUUCCUCAAGAACCUGGGGGUUUGUGUCCCUCCCCAUGCGCUGAAGCUGCCAGAGGAGCCCAUCAGGCGCUGGGGAGACUACUGGUGUGAGGUGACGGUGAACGGCCUGGACCGGGUGCGAGUGCCCAUGGCGGUGGUGCAGUUCCUGCGGCCCAAGACCAAGCGCUACAAGCAGUGGCUGGCCCAGCAGCAGGCCCAGCUGGCAGCACACAGGGAGGGGCUGCUCUGA